AUGGUUAAAUGGGAAAUUAUCCGGAAAUUCAUCCUGAUUUUUGGACUUACUCUGUUAGGUUCCAGGGCUCAUGCUGAGGAGUGGCCCCCCCGUAUCGUGCACCACCCCUCCGAUGUGGUGGUGAGGGUGGGGAGCCCGGCCACGCUGUCCUGCCGGGCGGACGGCGCCCCGAAGCCGAGCAUCGGCUGGCUGCGCAACGGCCAGCCCCUGGAGACGGCCCAAGGGGACGGGCAGCUCACGCCCAUGGUGCUGUCCGAGGGGAGCCUGUUCUUCCUGAGCGUGGGGGGGGGGCGGCGGGGCCAGUCGCACGAAGGCGUUUACGCCUGCGUCGCCCGGAACGGCGUCGGCGUGGCAACCAGUCGCAACGCGUCGCUGUUUAUCGCAGGUGAGCCCAGGCCAGGUGAUGGUAGCUCCGGAUUCUCCGUGGAUCUCUGGAAGCUGGAGGCCCGCCUUCAGUCAGAAGUAUCAGGAUUUAUGGGCUCAGGGUCAGAAACAUCCAGGGAUCCGGAGCACCAAUCAACUUGUGAUCACGGUUAUGUUGCUGAGUGUUUCACUGGCGUCCUCCAUGUUUCACCAGGCCUCCCCGUUUCGUCUAAGGAGGGUGGCUCUCUGGACUCCUCCGUUCCCGUGGCGACGGACAGCUGUGGCGUGUACGGCACCUUUUUCGUGGACCUCACGGGGAGCGGUCUGAAGACCUUCAGCAGCCCUGCGCGCUGCCCCAAAAGGCCUCACGGGGCGCCCUACCAGGCGGGGGCGGAGACCAUCCAGAUAUUCAGCCAGCCCGCCUCCAAGUCCUCCUCCCUCAGCAGCCAGGAGGCGUUGCCAUGGAAACAGGCCAUCCGCCCUCAGCCCAAGAUGGGCGUUCUGAGGGAAUCGUGGGAGAAGCACCAUAAGAAAGAGCUGCAUGCAGUGAACAGCGUCCCUGUUCUGUCCACCAGGAAUCAGCCUCACUCCUCCAGUGUUUACCAACAGAGGCUCAGUCACAUACCAGCAAGCCGGGCUGCGGGGAAACGAUACUGGAUCACCAUGGCCGCCGUGAACGGGGCCGGCGUGGGCGUCCUGAGCGACCCUCGUGGAUUCGUCCUCAACCCGGAGUCAAGCAGCAACCCAGAGACAAACAACAACCGGCGGGAUCUGUCCCACGUCCUGGACCUGCUGCAGAACCCGGUGCUGAUUGGCUGCGUUGGCGCCCUCCUGUGGUGCGUCCUGAUGGUUGCAGCCGUCUGGCUGUUCAGACGCCACAGCAGAACCGGCCGCCUGCUGCCCAGGCACGGCAAAGCUAGAGGUCUCCGCAGACUCGCCAGUGAAGAUCUCAUCAUUAAACACAGGAUGGUAGCUCCGGAUUCUCCGUGGAUCUCUGGAAGCUGGAGGCCCGCAUUCAGUCAGAAGUAUCAGGACUUAUGGGCUCAGGGUCAGAAACAUCCAGGGAUCCGCAGCACCAGCCUCCCCGUUUCGUCUAAGGAGGGCGGCUCUCUGGACUCCUCCGUUCCCGUGGCGACGGACAGCUGUGGCGUGUACGGCACGUUUUUCGUGGACCUCACGGGGAGCGGACUGAAGACCUUCAGCAGCCCCGCGCGCUGCCCCAAAAGGCCUCACGGCGCGCCCUACCAGCCGGGGGCGGAGACCAUCCAGAUAUUCAGCCAGCCCGCCUCCAAAUCCUCCUCCCUCAGCAGCCAGGAGGCGUUGCCAUGGAAACAGGCCAUCCGCCCUCAGCCGAAGAUGGGCGUUCUGAGGGAAUCGUGGGAGAAGCACCAUAAGAAAGAGCUGCAUGCAGUGAACAGCGUCCCUGUUCUGUCCACCAGAAAUCAGCCUCACUCCUCCAGUGUUUACCAGCAGAGGCUCAGUCACAUACCAGCAAGCCGGGCUGUUCCCAGAGAGGAGCCCACAGACGGACACAGCUUCUCCUCAGACGAAGGUCGUUCCACAAAGCUGACGGAGGACACGGGCUCCCUCGGGUCCCAGCCGGGGCCCGGCAGCCCCCCCCACCGCCACCCGUCCACCAGCUCUUACCCCGCCUCCCUGACCACCGAACAGAGCAGUACGCUGACCUCCCAGGAGGCCGCCGACCUGCGCCGCGCCCGCCUCCAGAGCUCUCCGUCCUCCUGCUGCAGCGAGUGGGACGGCUCGCUCGUGGCCUGGAUGGAGGACAUGGAGGCCCAGUACCGGUCCCACUACCCGGGCAGGAUCAGCAAACCCCCCCACAGCUAG